GCAACCACAACGGCGAAUUGGGGCGAGCAUCAUCAGGGCUCGUCCCUUCUCGCAUCAGCACCAUCACCACUCCAGUCACACACCUAGCUGCUGGCGGUUUCCACACCCUGGCAGUAGACGACGAGGGACGCGUAUGGUCGUGGGGGAGGGGCGGCAGCGACAACGAGUGUUUACCUUUCACACAUAUCUGA